AUGCGGUAUCGAAGCUAUAGACGCUCUACGAGUCGUCUUAGCUCACUGAAUCGUUCUUCAACACUUCUACCGUACUCUUUAUAUCGUCUUGCACGCUCCGAGGGAGAGAGCGUAAUCCAAAGAGCCUUUCAUACGACCCUUAACGGGCACUAUCCAGGGCUUCCUUGGCGUUCUGUUUCGCAGUUACGCCGAGCCGCAUCUAAGAGCAAGUCAGUUUCAGCUCGACAAGAACGCCGAGCCACCUUGGGAUCCAGACCCAUACUGCUGAGGUCAACUCGUCCACAGCCGUCGUCGCACGUCGCGUCGGCUCCACCCUCCACAUUCCACCCUAACUCGUCUAUUCCGAUAACUAGGAAUUUUGAAAGCUACCCACUUGCCGCAUGA